AUGAUAGAAAAUAUAGCUGAUUGUCAUCGAUCCAGCGCUUCUCUUCUUCCUAUAUACAAUCCGUCGACUCGUUGUCAUCAUCUGCCUCUUACUGACAAAAAUCUCACUUUUGCUCUUUGUCUUCAACGUGCAUCAGAUACACAAUAUCCAUUUAAUCGUUAUACAUCAUCAUCAUUUUGUUCAAAAUCUUAUCCACCAGAUGGUCAUUUAGUUGAUCUAUCGUCUUUAUCUUCAUCAACAAUUGAUUUACUUUUUCAAAGUUUAACAAAUCUUCUAAAUACAAAUGAUUCUCAUAUCGAUUCACCCAAACCAAAUUUUUUUUGGAUAAAUUCAAAUCUUACACAGACUUUAACAAAUAAUAAAUUUUGGUGUCCAAAUCAAAAUCUAGGAAAAAAUGAAUCACAAAAAUUUUUAAUAUUAAAAACACGUUGGGAUUAUAAUAAUGGUAGUAAACCAUGUAUUGCAACAAAAAGUAUACAUUGGAUUCGUGCUCCAUUUAUUUGUUUAACAAAACAAAUAAUAAACCACGAAAAACAAAUAUCAUCAGAACCUAUUCAUAUUUCACCAAUUUAUUCAAAUGAUACAAUUAUUUUCUAUGAUUCAACACCAUGUAUAAUUGUUCGUACACGUACACAUCAAUAUACAUUUUGUAUUCGUCGUCAAUCAUGUCCACAAUCAAAGACACAUGCAUAUUGUAAAAAUAGGAUUGAUGCACAUCGUAUAUGUCAAAAAGAAAAAAAUGGUUCAAAUUUAUUAACAAUAGAAAAUGAUGAUGAAUUUCAACUUAUAAAUGAUAUUCUAGCUCGUUAUUCAAAUGAAUCAAUACUUAUUAAUUCAAGUAAUUUUGUAGGUAAUCAUGUUUUACGUGCACACUGGUUGUGGAUUGAUGGAAGAAAAGAUAUUAAUAAUACUUAUCAAUGGAAUAUAAAUAAUAAAAUUUUAACAACAAUUCCAGAAAAAUAUUGGUGUGAUAGUAUGACAAACUGUUCAAGUGGAAAAGGACGUGAACAUGUUGUUUUAAGUAUGAAUUGUCAACCGAAUAACAAAACUUUUCAAGUUUGUCUAGCAUCAAGACAAACAUCAGAUCCAGGACCAUAUAUAUGUAAACGAACAUUGAAAAAGAAUGAAGAAUCAGUUUCAAACUAUACUUAUCUUCGAGAUAUAAUUACUCCUACUACAAAAUCAUCUAUUUCCGUCGUACCAAUUUAUGAAAAAAAUUUAACAUCAAUCUAUUAUGAUGAACAUCAUUGUUUAACUGUUCAAACUUAUUCUCAUCUCUAUUCAUUUUGUUUACGUCGACAAAAUUGUACAGCACCAAAAGCUUUUUGUACAAAAUGGAGUCGAGCUCAAAAAGAUUGUACAAUAUUAAAAAAUCAAGCACAAUUAUUAACUAUUGAAAAUGAACAAGAAAGAACAUUAAUUAAAGAUAUUAUGACAAAUUAUUUAAAUGAAACACGUUUAACAUUUAAUGGAAGCUCAUAUCGUCAUUAUGUCUUAGCACAUUUUAUAUGGAUUGAUGGAGUUCGACAAGCUGACAAAAAAACAUAUUUAUGGAAUAAUCAACGUGAAUCAAUACCAGAACAUUUAUGGUGUCCUAAAAAUGAAUGCAAUGCAAUCAAACAUGAACGUGUUAUGUUGAAUUUAUUAUGUAAUAAAUAUAAUUCAUCAUUUUGUUUGGGUACACGUCGUGAAUGGGUACCAGCACCAUAUAUUUGUAAACGUGUACGACCUAAAGAUAAAUGUCCAAUAUUAUUUGAUAAAAUUCGUAAUAUACAAUCGAAUGAAAUGUUAGUUGUGACAAUUGAUCGAACAGUAGCAUUAAUUAAAUGUAAACAUCCAGAAUAUAAUACAGAAAUAAAAGUACAAUAUCAAUGUAAUAUUCAAACAAAUCAAUGGCAACUAAUCUAUAAAAAUGUCAAUUUUACUUGUCCUGAUGAUGAUAUUCCUUCGACAAAUAAAUCGAUUAUUGAGUCUCGACCAUCUCAGACGACUCAUAGUUCAACAUCAACCCGACCAUCAUAUCCAGUACAGAGUACUUUAAGUACAAUAAAAGAAAAUGAUUGUUCACAAUCGGAACUCUCAUCAAUAAUAGCUCGUUUACCAACUGAAUCUCGUAAUAUUUAUUCACAGAAAUUAACAUUUUAUUCAUCAUUAUAUUAUGAUAUAAAAUUGACAUGUUAUUUUAAUUAUUCAAUUCAAAUAACUUAUCGAUGUAAUUUAUUAAAUAAACAAUGGAUCUAUGUUCAUGGUAAUACAAAUCGUUUUCAAAAAUGUUAUCUACCAUGUAAUAAUAAUGAACGAAAUGAAUUAUUAAAUAAAUAUUUUACAAAAUAUCAACAAACAAAAAUUCGUACAAGAUAUAUACAAGAAAAUAAUUCAUUACGUUUAUCAUGUUUACAUAAACCUAGCAAACGACGAAUAGCAAUUAGAUAUAAAUGUGGAACAAUGACAAUAACAACAAAACAAUGGUAUAGAUUACAUUCAUGUUUUCCACCUACUACAGAAACAAAACUUCCACUUGUAAUGGUAUCACUAUCUGUAAACCGAUUAACACCUCGAUGUCCUCCAGCAGUUGUUCCUGGUAGUGCAUGUGAAUAUCAAAUAGGUCAAUAUAUACUUGAUGUAAAUGGAUGUACACGAAAAAUUUGUCCAUCAAUUAGUAAAUUAUGUAAUACAAUUCGUUGUCCAUCUGAUCGAAUAUGUCGUGUUAUUCCAUGUCAAUCAUGUAUUAAUACUGGUUAUCUUCAACCUGUUUGUGAAUAUUCAAGUAAAACCUCAUUAUGCGAACUUCAAAGACAAUUACCUUUAUUAAAUGAUUAUAUAUCAAUUGAUCGUUGGAAACGUGAAAUGAUAACUCUUGUUCAACUAUAUGCUGAUGAACAACGACGACGAAUAACAUAA